AUGCCCACCCAUCGUAGUUACAGCCAAUGGCUUUUGGCAAUCAAAAAUCGUGUCAUACGUCCAAAUCCACCAGAUAGCCCAUUGGAAACUCGAGAUGAAUGGAAUUCUCUCGUUGAUCGGCUUAUGGAAACUUUAGAUUGGCCGCCAUUUGUUAAGGAGAUUCGUGAUUAUGUUUGGGUAUCUGCAUUAUGGAACCACUACUUCGGGCUUGGUAAAAUUCACAAUGCACCUUUGUUCAUUUCACGACCGAGCUACUGCGAUAUAGAUUGGCUCAUGCCGUCAAUCCAAGUACUCCAGUCUGACCACGAGUCUCAAGUUCAACCACCAGUACUUCCACCACAACUUGAAGAGCAAGAUCAUACACCAGAAAAUAUGAACGCCGCUGUCGCCGCCGUCAUCGCCGUCGAUGAAAUCUAUGUCGAUUGGUAUCGGACUAUCACGGAGAGGGCUUUAGAUCCACGUCGUCCGUUGGUGACUGAGGAGGCUUUCAGAGACAAUCUUGCUGUGCCUUGCUUAUGGAAUGAUUACUUCGGGCAUGGAGGAGUUGGCGAUCCACCUAAUUUCCUUACGCGACCACAAUAUGUUCCUCUUGAAUGGCUGCCACUGGAGAUCCAAGAGCUCCACAGAGAACUGGCUCUAAUAGAUAGAACGCUGGGGGAACCUGCUCGAUUGGCAGAGCAUCAAGAGCAACCGCAACACAUACGUGGAAUUCAGCAGCCGCCACUAAAUAUGGAGGAACGUAAUGAUAUUCCCGGUACCGAAGCACUUAUGGAGAACAAUGCCAGUGAGGUAGAUGAGCAGCAUCUUCGCCGACCAAGAAUCCAGUGCAUCAACUGUGGGCGACGAAACCACGCGUUGUAUGACUGCCCAGAACAAUGUCAGGUCUGUGGAAAUAACCAGCAUUUCCCUAAUUGUCGAAUUCAAGCAGCUCUUAAUAGACCUAGGCCUAGCCCUUGGGGCUUGGGGCUUGAUACAGACCGCUCUUGGAGUGAAUAUUUCGCUCGACGUUUUGGUUUAAACUAUACGUCGGUCGUGGAGGGAAAUAGCAUUGGUGCGGGAAAAGGAGCUGAUGAUGAUGUUCGGGAAGCUUGA